UUCCCCCGUGACCCCCUUUUCUUUCUAUCAUACUUCAAAAAAUUUUAAUUUUUUUUCUUCAUAGUUUUGAUUAUAUUUAUUUAUAUAUAUAUAUAUGCCAAACCCCAAAACCCUUGUGAAUUCCUUUAUUUAAAUACCCCUUUUCCCAUUCUUAGAUAUUUCUUGAAUUCAGUGCUUUCAUCUUCUUGCCCAACUAUAAUUCUCCCUUGUUCUUGUUUAAGGUUAGAUUCUCUUGGGAUUAGUUACUUCAUUUGUCUAAUUUGUCAAAAUUCUUUCUUAUGUUUUUGGUAGGUUCUUGGUACUGGGAAAGUUGCUUGACUCAUUUAUUUGAUAAAUCUUUAAAUAUAUAAUAUUAUUUCGAAAAAGUUUGGUUUAUAGUGUGAAAUGAGUAAAAAAAUUUUCACUCUUUUUUUAGGGUUUUAGAAAGUUGUUUGUAUAUUGCACCAACUACUUUGUUUUUUCAAAGUACUCAAAUGAUGGGGUUUUGAAAUUUUUGUUCUCUGUUUUGUUUCUCUGUUUAUUUGAUAUUUGAAAGAAGAAAAUGUCAUCCUGUUUAGCUGGUGGUAGAGCAGCUUAUAAAUUAGAUUUAGAGAUUAUAAAAUCUCCAUCUACCUCGUGGAUCUCCCAAUCAUCUUCUCCAUCUUCAACAUUAUCUGAAUCGAGCAAUUCUCCCAUUGCAAUCUCUACUAGAAAACCUCGAACACCUCGAAAAAGACCUAAUCAAACCUACAAUGAAGCUGCUGCUCUUUUAUCAACAGUUUAUCCCAAAAUUUUCUCAACAAAACACCUCACUAAGCCUUGCAAAUUCACUAAACCACAUUACCCCUUUUCAUAUGACUCCUCAGACUUGGUUGUCCCUUACCAAAUUGUCGAAAAUUCGGGGUUUUUGCUUCAUCCUCCAUUGAUUGAAAAACCUGAUUGCGUAAUUGAGCAUAAAUCUGUUAGUUCUUGUGAAAAACCAUGCCUGAGUCCUGGAGAAAUCGACUCUAAAGGGAGUGGUUCGAUAGAUAUGUGUGAAGAAUUUCAUGAAGAUUUCGAUGCUGAAUCGAUUUUAGAUGAGGAAAUUGAAGAAGGUGUUAUUGAUAAUAUCAUGGGAAAGAUAAGAGAUGAGAAUGAACUCAAGAAUGAGUCGAUAUUUAGUUAUAGUUAUAGUCAUAGCAAGCGCCACCAGAAUAAUUCUGGUGGCACUUGUUAUGGUUUUCCAAUAGGAUUAGGAUUCGAAAAUGGGUACCAAUAUUAUGAUUUUGGUACAAUGAGAGGUGGGGUGAGACCAUUGAGAAAUGUUGAUGAUGGUGAUAAUUGGUGGAGGUAUACUUCUAGUGUGAACGUUACCGACAUUACUCCGAAAUUUAGUAAACCUCCUAUCGAAAAGAAGAAAAAGAAGGUUGAGAGACUCGUCGAGACGAGAGUAGGCGCGGAAACAUCAUCAGCUAAAGAUAAUUCGAUUACAAGGAAGAAGAAUAAGGAGAAUUCAAAUCAUUCGAUUAAAGAAGAGGUAAUCGACGUUCCUAAACCAAAAUCGGGGUUGUUACUAAAAUUGAAUUUCGAUGAUAUUUUGAACGCGUGGUCCGAUAAAGAAUCACCGUUCUCCGAUGACAUUCAGGGUUCAGAUGCCGCAGGAAAUGAUGUACAAGCCAGAUUAGCACAAAUAGACUUAUUCUCAGAAAAUGGAGGAAUUAGAGAGGCUAGUGUGUUACGUUACAAAGAAAAACGACGUACUCGAUUAUUUUCUAAAAAAAUUAGAUACCAAGUUAGAAAAGUCAACGCGGAUCGACGACCCAGAAUGAAGGUAUUAUUAUUAGAAGAAAAAUCGACUUAUAUACGUUGACAAAUGGUAGGUUUGUCAAAAGCCCAAAUUCACCAGAGGAUGAGCUAGGAUGAUUUUUCUAGAAUUAUUAGAAUUUUUUUGGGUAUUUGCAAUUUUGUUUCUUUUAUUUCAUUGUUCUUUUUUCUUUUAUAUAAAAAAGUUAUUCUUCCUUUUUAUAUUUAGAAUAAAGUACCAAGGAAGAUAGACUAGUUGAGAACAAGGAAUAUUAAGCAGAAUAGUUACAUUUCUAUUUCUCAUUUUA